AUGUCUGCUGGCGAUCUUGCCUUGCUGGCCGUCUCACUGGGAUGGGCGCCACGUGAUUCGCCCACAUUGGCGUCUGCCCGGUUUCCCUCCACCCUAGUUCCUCUGUUUAUCUGGCUUUCUCUCUGGCCACAGCUGCCGCCAGGCCUCCUUGCCCUGCCCUUCUGCGCGCACCCCGCCCGCCGCGCCCUCUCCCCGUCACCAGCGCUUGUCUCCGAGUUCCUACUGGCGGGUUUCCCGCCACUGCCUCCGCUGCGCGUUCUCGCAGCAGCCUCUGCCGCGCUGUUCCUUCUCGGCGACGGUCAAUCACAAUCACCUGCUCUUCUUCUACGACCGCCGCCCCGUCUUUCGCUUCGGCCCCCGCCCGUUCCGCUCUUUCGUGGGGCCGAUCCGCUACGUUCCCCGUACCUGAUGAUGGGUAGGCGCCGGCAGCCUUGGCGUGAGGUGAUCGUGGCGGCGAGAUCUCCUGCUGCGCCCACCCUACCAGCGGCCCCGGGCGGGCAGGUGCCAGCCCUGUUCCGAGCCGUCACGGACUGCUUGACUGCGGGUGUUGGCGCCACAUCAUCUUCGAGCGCGCCUGCUCGGCCACGGGAGCCGGUGUAUCGCUCCCCGCGUGGGCUCAUUCAUCCGUUUCUCCGUGCGCGUGGCCAUUCGUUCCGUCGUCGUUGCCCCCCUCGCCCGCUCCUGUCCGGCCAGGCUCGUCCUCGACCUCAGCUACACGCGUCGGCCACACGGUCCCAGCCGUUGCAGCUACCUUCGGCCUGGUCUCAGUCCGCGUCGUCCCGCUCGGAGGCGCCGGAUGCGCCGGCGCAGUCUGCGCCGCUAGCCCCUCUGCCGCAGCCUCCCCCUCUAGCGUCGGAGUUGGCGUUGCCUCCGCUGACAUGUCCUUCCGUGCCCGUCCCUCCGCCGCCUCAGCCCGAUUCCGCACCUCCGCGCCAGCACCCUCUAGUUCUGGGGUCUCGCCUCCCUGCGGCUCGGCUCGGAUUUGUGAGUUACCCGCGUUCUCGUCUCCUCCCCGCUCUUUGCGUGAUGUUCUCCCCUGCCCCCCACUCAUCUGCUGUGUUUUGCGAUUUCCACGUCCCUCGCCAUCCUGCGCCCCCUUCACUCCCGCAGCAUCAGCCUGUGCCUGGAAUCUCCCGCGGCUACUGGAGCGAAGACGAGGUGCCUGGCACCACUCGUGACCCUGAGGUGGACUGGGAUGGUGUCUCGUGGCCACAUGUGCCGCGUGAAGGGAACUGA